CAGCUGUGAGAAUCCUCGUUGCAACCAGAGCAGCGAGCAUCAUGUCAACGCUGGAUCAGGACUUUGGGUUUCUGGAGUUCCAAGAUACUCAGGGCUCCCAGUACGACUAUGAAAACUUCACCGUCCCUUCUCAGACUCAGUCUAGCAAAGAUGUAGCCGACGAUUUGUCGCUGGCAUCUUUGACCCUAAACUCGCAAUCCACUCAAUUGACGCAACCGGGCUUGUCGUCAUUGGGCAGUAAAGUGCGGAAGAACUCCCUCGAAUAUGGAGAGUUGGGCUUUGUUGAAGAUCUGCCGUCGAGAUAUGACAUCGAUGGAGCAGAAGACGGAUUUGAUGAUCAGCCGCGAGACUUGCCGGCACAUGCUUGCAAAUACUGCGGCAUCCAUAAUCCUUGCUCAGUUGUAGAAUGUCUCGCCUGUAACAAGUGGUUUUGCAAUGCACGCCUCGCUUCGACAAGAGGUUCUCACAUCAUUCAACAUCUGGUGCGGGCUAGGCAUAAGGAUGUCCGCUUGCAUCCGGAGUCACCUUUAGGGGAGACGAUUCUGGAAUGUUAUAACUGCGGCGCCCGGAAUGUAUUUAACUUGGGAUUUAUUCCCGCAAAAUCUGACACGGUUGUGGUAUUGCUUUGCAGGGCCUGCUCAAAUCCUUUAGGUCAAAAGGACGCCAGCUGGGAUCUUUCCCAGUGGUUGCCGUUGAUUGAAGAUAGGAGUUUCUUAUCUUGGCUGGUGAAGAUCCCAUCAGAACAUGAGCAACUGCGUGCCAGGCACGUCACGCCUUCACAGAUUGCGUCAUUGGAGGAUAGAUGGACGGACGAUGCGAAUGCUACCUUUGAUGAUUUGAACAAGCCUGGAAUUGACGAUGAACCGGAACCAGUGCGCUUGCGGUACGACGAUGCUUAUCAAUACCAGAACAUAUUUGGCCCGUUGAUGAAGAUGGAAGCGGAUUAUGAUAAGAGGCUGAAAGAGUCUCAGACGCAAGAUGAAGUCGUGAUUCGAUGGGACCAGGGUCUGAACAAGAAACGCCUUGCGUGUUUCAUCUUGCCGAAGUUGGAGCAAGGGGACAUUCGCUUAGCGGUUGGCGAUGAGCUUCUGUUACGCUACUCGGGAGAACUGAUGAAAGGGCCAUGGGAGGGCAUAGGCCAUGUUAUCAAGAUUCCAAACAAUCUCUCGGACGAGGUGGUGUUGGAAUUGAAGAAGGACGAGAAGACCCCGCUAAAUUGCACCCAUAACUUCACGGUGGAUUUCGUGUGGAAAUCGACUUCUUUUGAUAGGAUGCAAGCGGCCAUGAAGACAUUUGCGGUUGACGAGCACUCCGUUAGUGGUUAUAUCUAUCAUCGUCUGUUGGGCCAUGACGUCGAACCACAAAUGUUGAAAGCAAAUAUGCCAAAGAGGUUUACUGCUCCGAAUCUUCCCGACCUCAAUCAUUCACAAGUCUUUGCUGUGAAGAGUGUUCUACAGAAACCGCUUAGUCUAAUUCAAGGUCCACCCGGAACUGGGAAAACCGUAACUUCCGCGACAAUAGUGUAUCAUCUGGCGAGGAUGAAUCCAGGGCAAGUGCUCGUUUGCGCACCAAGUAACGUAGCUGUCGAUCAGCUCACCGAAAAAAUCCACCAAACCGGUCUCAAGGUGGUCCGUGUAACCGCAAAGAGCCGAGAAGCACUGGACUCUCCUGUCUCGUUCUUAACAUUGCACGAGCAAGUGAUCAACAAUGAUACGGACCCUGAGCUACAGAAAUAUGUAAAGCUGAAAAGGGAGCUCGGUGAACUGAAAUCUCAAGACGAGAAACGAUAUCGGUCAUUGAAGCGUCACGCAGAGCGUGAAAUCCUGCAGAACGCGGACGUUGUGUGUUGUACUUGCGUUGGUGCUGGAGAUCCUCGUUUGCAAAAGUAUGAGUUCCGCACUGUUUUGAUCGACGAAGCGACACAGGCUGCUGAGCCAGAGUGCCUGAUUCCACUCGUACUUGGUGCGAAGCAAGCGGUGCUUGUUGGAGAUCACAAACAGCUGGGUCCGGUCAUUCUCAAUAAGAAGGCUGCGAAGGCUGGGCUUUCACAGUCCUUAUUUGAACGUCUAGUACUUCUCAACAUUCGGCCAAUUCGGCUUCAAGUGCAAUACCGCAUGCAUCCUUGCUUAUCCGAGUUCCCAUCGAACAUGUUUUACGAAGGUUCACUUCAGAAUGGGGUCACUGUUCAGGAGCGCCUUCGAAAGGAUGUUGACUUCCCUUGGCCGGUACCAGAAACGCCUAUGUGCUUCCACUGCUCGUAUGGACAGGAGGAACUAUCUUCAUCGGGUACGUCCUACCUCAAUAGGACGGAGGCCACGAAUUGUGAGAAAGUCGUCACUCGCUUUCUCAAAGCCGGCGUUAAGCCCUCCCAAAUCGGCAUUGUGACUCCGUAUGAAGGCCAGCGCUCGUAUGUGGUAAAUCACAUGCAGUUCGCCGGAGCUUUGAAGAAAGAUUUAUACAAGGAAAUUGAGGUCGCUAGCGUUGACGCCUUUCAAGGUCGUGAGAAGGACUACAUCAUUCUGACUUGUGUCCGCUCAAAUGAUCAUUCGGGCAUCGGGUUUUUGAGCGACCCCCGCCGUUUGAACGUCGCGUUAACCCGUGCGAAGUAUGGCGUUGUCAUUCUCGGAAAUCCGAAAGUAUUAGCAAAGAACCCAUUGUGGUACCAACUACUUAUGCAGUUCAAAGAGAAGAACUGUCUUGUAGAAGGACCUCUCAGCAAUUUGAAGAGGUCGAUGAUUCAAUUCACCCGUCCCCGCAACAAGCCCAAAGAUGACAAGCUCAACAGCCGAUUCCCGGUUGACGCGCAACAGCAUUUUGCUCGUCCCCCGAAAGCCACAGACACUAGAGGUACAGGACGGUACAAUCCGUACCAUGAUCCUUUAGCAGCCGUGGAUGCAAGUCGGUUGUUCUCUCAAUCCCAGUACUCUAUUCCGAUGAUUCCCGGACCAUUCUCCCAAGACUUGGCGAUGUCCGCCUCUCAGCAUUCUCUUGGUGGCAGCCACUUUGGCGACAGGCAUGGAAGUUUCUCGCAAUCAGACUCGCAGGGGCCUUUUACUCAGGGAAGCAACUUCUCCGGGUCGCAGGGUACCCAUGCAUCCUUCUCGCAAAGCGACCGUCUAUCUCUUAAUAUGAGUCAAGAUUCGUAUCUGGAAGACUACAAGAGUCAAGUCGAUACAUACAUGAGUCAAGAAUUUGGUCUGGGAAUGAAGAGCCAGACCGAUUACCAGAGCCAGGGUUUCACUCAGUUCUGAUUCUGAAGCAUCUACGGACAUUUCGAAACUCCCCGUCCUCCAUUGAUGGGUGGUAAUGCUGCAGCUGGUUUCUUGGUCCGCGGAAGCCUGCGCGAAAUCCUUCCUAUCUGCUUCGGGUUUUCGGGGUGUCAAUUUCGCCAACCCAAUGCUUUACCUGUGAUUUGUCAACCCUUACCGCCACGAUUACCGUCUCCACUGUCGCCGAACGGUAGUGACAUCACAAGCAUGCAAAAGUCCGGAAACAUAAGGUUGCAGAAGUAUAUCGGCGUAGGGACGCUUAAGGGGUGCAGGCAAAGAAGCAAUUGAAUAUUGGAGAAGAAUUGAACGUUUGUGAGCCAGUUCAAUCUGGUGUGAAGUUUGAGGGGCCGAGUAAACAUUGGUUCUAACCGCUGUCUCAAAUAUAUAUUCAAUGCCAGCGUGUCGCUGCGAAAUUCCUAGUUUGCAU